AUGGGCGGAGCAGAGAGAGAGAGAGGAGACUCAAAAGCACAGGGAGUUUUCAGGCUGCUGCAGACUGAACUUCAGCUCCACCACCACCACACACAUCCAAAGCUCCCCGGCCACUCCUACCACCGCCACCCCCCACUACCCCCCACUCCAUCCGCGGCAGCUCUGGACACGCACGGCACCGCCAGACCUUCUGCGUGCGGCAGCAGACCACGAGGAACGAGCCGCACGAAACCCGCGGAGGGCCCCGCGGAGCAGCCCGCAGAAAGAGCCCGCAGAGGAGGAGAGCAGGAGAUAUGCGAACCACAGCAGGUGCAGGGACGCAGAGGAGGAGCAGACCAGUGCAGGGACCAGACCACAAGCAGCCAGACGGAGGACGCCAGGGUCGCGCCGAGUAGCGUGAGUAGACGAAAACGAUUCCUCCAGACGAUUCUCUGCGAGGCUUCGAGAAGUGCAGGCUUCGAGAAGUGCAGGCUUCGAGAAGGCAGAGAGUGGGAGUUUCUCCGCUUUUAA